AUGAUGUUCUGCAAGCUUCUCUCCGCUUUGCCCUUUGUGGCCAGUGCUCUCAGCAAGCCGUUAGAGCCUCGAGCUUUGUCCGAUUUCAGCAUGUAUGCUUAUGGCUCAGACGGCAUCAAUGGUUUCCCGGUCAUCUCCAUCAACAACACGGUUUAUAUUACUUCGCACUCGGUUGACGACAUUGGAUCACAGGCUCAUAAUGUAACAUUCGAUGCUCCUGAGACUAGAGGAAACUUCACCGCCUCUGUUGACGGUCAGGGUCAAAGCCUCUUCUAUGUGCCAUCUUCUUCCGGCCCCGUCGGUUUUACCAACACUACCAAUGACGACUCUUUCAUCACGUCCGGUUUUGGAUUUUAUGGCCAUGUCAUCUUUGUACAAAUCGGAUCGGUUAUUCAGACAGAGUGGAUUGCCGUUCCAACAAACGACAGCGCCGUCUGGCUGCUCAGCUGGAAUGUGGAGGAUCAGGGCGUACCCGUGGCUCUCCGCAACAUUGCGCCUACCGCGUAA